GCGCAUGCGCGGUGCCGGACGGAGACGGAGACGGAGACAGACGGACACAAGAUGGCGGACGAGGUGACGCGCCGGGUGUUGAGCGGGAUCCCGCUGCUCCGGAGCAACGCCGGGCCCCGGGACACCGAGCGCUGGCGGGAGCGGCUGAAGGAGGAAUAUCAGGCGUUGAUUCAGUAUGUGGAGAAUAACAAACAAGCUGACAACGACUGGUUCAGACUGGAGUCCAACAAAGACGGGACAAGAUGGUUCGGCAAAUGUUGGUACAUCCAUGAACUCCUUAAGUAUGAAUUCAACAUUGAGUUUGACAUCCCGGUGACAUAUCCCACGACGGCACCAGAGGUCGCCGUUCCGGAGCUGGACGGGAAGACGGCCAAAAUGUACAGAGGUGGAAAGAUUUGUCUAACGGAUCACUUCAAGCCACUGUGGGCUCGCAACGUCCCAAAGUUUGGGUUGGGUCACCUGAUGGCACUGGGGGUGAGUACCUGAAACCGUGGCAACCAAAGAUCCUAGAGCAGCAAGAUAGACCACUUCUCCGAAAUCCAAUGGACUGAUGUGUAGUACGUAACGGAAGGUCACGGCCGCCAUUUGUUGAUGCGAAACACGACAUCUUUGGUAUCGAGGGCGGACUCCACAGUUAUACAAUCUGCUCUUACAUCAGGUCGCAGGGAAGAGCAAAGAUACUAGAGG